AAACAGAAUUUUUUUUUAUAUAAUAAGAUAAAAUGGUCAUGGGAUGUUUAUUUGCAGUGCUCUGAAAAUAUCCUCAUCAUAUGCGUCUACACCUGUUUCUUGUAUCUUUCAGAUGGCAAUGUCUGAUAUUCCAUCUUUUCCGGAGCACAAUUCAGCUAGUGCUGUCACGCCUCUAGAUGAUAUUUUUAAUCAUAGUCGUGAAGAUCAUUGUUACAUUCACGAGGCUGAAGUAAUAUUGGAAGCACCAAACAACAUUGUGGAACCAGUUAACUCUUCCUUUGGUUCACCUGUGAUACUGAAACCCUUCACAAGUGUGCCCAUGAAUGAAAAUAUGACACAUGUACCUGACAGUUUUACUAUUCCUGGAUAUAUGAACAGUGAUUCUAUUCAACAUCACUAUGUGGCAUCUGAAAUAUCCGACGAUGUCUAUCUAGACUCACUACUGGAUGAAAUGGAGAUAACAGAAAACACAAAUGAAGAAGCCUUCAUAGAUCCACUACUAAUUGCAAUGGAGAGAAUAGAGAAGGAUAAAGAAGAAGCCUUCAAGAUACAUGAGAAGAAGAUAUUGCAGCUCCGAUCUGAAUAUGAAUUGGAAGUUGAAAAAUUGAGUGAAAAGUACAGGAUUUUGCUUCAGAAUGUUGAUACUGAAGUAGCACUCAAAAAAAUGGAAUUUGAGACACAAUGUAAAUUAGUGUCAAGCAGUGAGGAAUUAGCUGAAAUUUGGAUCCAUAUGCUUGAUGAUUGUGAAAUGGCUGUGGGAUAAUGCUCAGAACAAGAGGGAAUACCCAGUUCUCAUCAAGUCCACUCAAAAUUAACCCAUCUUUGUUGACUCCUACUGUGAUGGUCUUGGACAAUCCUUGGCCAUCCAGAAGAAAUCAUGGUCAUUUCUCGGACAAGACAGCCAUUCCAGAAGAAAUCAACCCCCUAAGAGCACGCUUUGAUCCCAUGAUGGCUAUGGUGUACUUGUCCCCUCUGCAGCUGCUUCAUCUUAUGCAGCAAUUUCCCUUGACAUUAUGUACAAUUGCAACCUUAGUAUCAUUUAGAAGAACCAAGUCAAACAUGCUGGUAGGGCGUGUCCUGUAAAACUAACUAUAUGUACCUACCUCACUAGGCUGAUGUAUUUGUUCACCAAAUUUUGAACCACAGUGAUCGUCUGGUGAAAUGAAUGUAAAUAUGCUAUAUCACUGAACAACUUUCAAAAUUGUCUUUGUUAUGUGCUCCCCAGCAUAUGAAAUAGCAAAAAUGUAUUAUUGUUAGAAAGUAACAUAUUUAUUAU